AUGGAAAUCCCUUCAAGAUUUUCCCUCAUUUUCUUCAUCAUUAUCUGCAUUUUAAUCCCAACCCUCAUUGUCUCUUCUUCCCCUGUUCAAGACCCUGAAUCCGUUGUACAAGAAGUUCAAAGGAGCAUUGUGAAUGCUACAAAGCACCUGGCUAAAACCCGGAGGAAUUUGGGUUACCUCUCAUGCGGAACCGGAAACCCGAUUGACGACUGCUGGCGGUGCGACGCGAAUUGGGAGAAGAACCGACAGCGUCUCGCCGAUUGCGCAAUUGGGUUCGGGAAAAACGCCGUCGGCGGCCGGGACGGGAAGAUUUACGUCGUGACGGAUUCCGGCGACGACGAUCCCGUCACCCCGAAACCGGGAACUCUCCGGUACGCCGUCAUCCAGGACGAGCCGUUGUGGAUCAUCUUCGCACGUGACAUGGUAAUUCAGCUGAAAGAAGAGCUAAUUAUGAACUCUUUUAAGACGAUCGACGGCCGGGGGGCCAGCGUUCACAUCGCCGGCGGGCCGUGCAUUACGGUUCAGUACGUUACGAAUAUUAUUAUCCACGGGAUCAAUAUUCAUGACUGUAAGCAAGGCGGGAAUGCUAAUGUGCGGAGCAACCCACACCAUUACGGGUGGAGGACCAUAUCGGACGGUGACGGUGUGUCGAUCUUCGGUGGGAGCCACGUGUGGGUUGAUCAUUGCUCCUUGUCCAACUGCCACGAUGGGUUGAUCGAUGCGAUCCAAGGGUCCACAGCUAUUACCAUUUCCAACAAUUAUUUCACUCACCAUGAUAAAGUUAUGCUUUUUGGCGCCAAUGAUGGUUAUACUCAAGACAAGAAUAUGCAAGUCACCGUUGCUUUUAACCACUUUGGUGAAGGCCUUGUUCAAAGAAUGCCAAGAUGUAGACACGGAUACUUUCAUGUCGUUAAUAAUGAUUAUACUCAUUGGGAAAUGUACGCGAUUGGAGGGAGUGCUUCACCUACGAUUAACAGUCAAGGGAACAGAUUUCUUGCUCCAAAUGAUAGGUUCAGCAAAGAGGUGACAAAAUAUGAGGAUGCCCCAGAAAGUGAGUGGAAGAACUGGAAUUGGAGGUCAGAAGGAGACCUAAUGUUGAAUGGUGCUUAUUUCACACAAUCUGGUACAGCGGGUGCAUCUAGUUAUGCUAAGGCCUCAAGUUUGAGUGCUAGGCCAUCAACCCUAGUCAGUUCCCUCACCACAAAUGCAGGUGCACUGAGCUGCAGAAAGGGCUCCCGCUGCUGA